AUGCCUCAGCAUACGGCCCAGGCCACCUUCACAAGGACUUCUCCUCCUGCCCCCAGACAGUACUGUGGUCGCGGAACCAGCAGUGCCUUCAGCAGCUCAGCCAACCCCGAUGAGGACUGGACCAAGAUCUCCGAUCUGGCCGAGCGCAGGAGAAUUCAGAACAGGAUUGCCCAGCGCAACUACCGUAAGCUUCAGACCCGAUCGCCCGUCCUUGAUAGUGGCGCAAUUCGACUAACACAGGUUGUCCUCGUAGGCAAGAAGCUCAAGCGCCGCCUCGAAGACCUCGAGCGUCGCGCCGGCUCCCCAGACAGCACAGACUCGCAGAAGACCAACUCAUCCACACCCGAGACCAAGCGCGCCGGCGUUAGCAAGGCGUCACUGAAGCAGGAGACCCCUCCUUCCAAGUCAAUUCCCCAGAUGCAGUUCACCCCUCCCAUGGAGAGCAACGACGAGUUCUUCCUCCCUCCCACCUACGACAGCCGCGAGCGAUCCCACACUCCUCCCAUGUUCCCCUACUCCAACGCCACCUAUCCUGCUCCUGACGACAUCACUCUCAUGGCUCCCUACGGCAGCUCCCAGUCCUACCAGCCCAUUGUCACUGGCAGCGAGAGCUACCCCAGCUACAUGGCUCCCACCACCACCACCAUGGCCUCUACCAUGCCACCCAUGACACACUUCAGUGAUGCUCUCAAGCGCGAGCCUUACUCGAGCGACAAUGGCAUUGCCAGCAGCGGCUACUCUUAUCCCACCUACUACUCCGUCGUGGACAUGAACAACAACGGAUCCUACGCCCAGUCAAACCCUCAUACUCCUCCUUUGACUCACUCCUACGACCACUCAGCUCCCUGCUCUGAGUCUGGGUAUGAGUAUCCCACCACACCCCUGUCCAUGCCUGGAUCGCCUGGCUUGGUGCAGCAGAUGUAA